GACCAAAAACAUUUUUUGUGUGUGACUAAUGUGGCUAUGUUAAUGCUAUUUAUAUUGCGAUGUGGGCCAAUGGUUAGUUUAGGACACAGCUGGAAAGGUAAAUUAUUUGCAGUAGGAAAAUGUUAACUGGUUCAGGUUUGGUUUUUUUUUUUCUAAAUGUAGUACAUUAUAGUUUUGUAAUUUACAAGUAGUUUAAUCGUACCAUUAAACCAUUUACCCUUUACCACUUAUUUAGGGAUUUUUUUUUUUAAUAUUUAUAGUAAAUUGAAAUUGCGUGAAUAGAUAAAUUUUCUUAAACUAAUACUCUAAUAUUUGAUCAAUUGAGGGUCCGGUCGUGGUAGUAUGCAUGUUGAUUAAAAAGUGGAAAUUGGAGAAAAUUUGUUGGAAACUACAAAGAAAACUUUGUAGAUUUAUUAACUGAGAAAUGAAUAACCUCGGCACGGUGAAUCAGCUGGAAAGCAUUGGCCUCACAGUUCUGAGGUCCCGGGUUCGAUCCCGGCCCGCCUGUGUGACGUUUGCAUGUUCUCCUCGUACCUGCGUGGCUUUUCUCGGGGCACUCCGGUUUCCUCCCACAUCCCCAAAACGUGCAACAUUAAUUGGACACUCUAAAUUGCCCCUAGGUGUGAUUGUGAGUGCGGCGAUUGGCUGGCGACCAGUUCCGGGUGUACCCUGCCCGUUGACAGCUGGGAUAGGCUCCGGCAUUCCCCGGGACCCUCGUGGGGAUAAGCGGCAAAGAAAACUGACGGAUGGAUAAACUAACACCACUGGGAGUAUCUGUAGGUGUCCCUAAUGAAGUGGCCUAUGCGUUUCUUAGAUUGGGGUGGUGGGGGGUCUCGUGUGGGCGGUUCCGCUCGCAGACCCCUCCUCCGCCCGUCUCAGACAACCAGGCGAGCGAAACCCCCUCCGCCUCCACCACAACCGACCCAGCGCUCGCCAGCCGCGCGCCCCGUACGCCUUCGCCCUCUCCCGGGGUAGACCUCGGCGUCUGUGCCCUGAAGGAAGGAAAACGAAAGCGGGCACGCACGGGGUCGAGGAUGUUGGAAAACGGCAGGAAGGUGUUCAAGGAAGGCGUGCUGGAGAAGAGGAGCGACGGCCUGCUGCAGCUCUGGAAGAAGAAGCUGUGCGUCCUGACCGAGGACGGGGUGCUGCUGCUGCCGCCCAAGCAGCACGAUCACCCGCAGCAGCAGCAGCAGCAGCAGCCGCCGCCGCAACCGCACCACCACCACCAACACCAUCAUCAUCAUCACCACCAUCGCGGAGAAGACUCCGGCAAAGUCAAGGAGCUCCACUUCGCGAACAUGAAAACCGUGGACUGCGUGGAGCGCAAGGGCAAGUACGUCUACUUCACCGUGGUCAUGUCCGAGGGGAAGGAGAUCGACUUCAGGUGCCCGCAGGACGAGGGCUGGAACGCGGAGAUCACGCUGCAGAUGGUCCAGUACAAGAACCGCCAGGCCAUCCUGGCCGUCAAGUCCACCCGGCAGAAGCAGCAGCUGCUCGUCGUUCACAUGCCCGGGCAGAGCCACAAGACCCUGCGGAGCUCGCCGAGCGUGGCGUGACAUGCCCGGGGAGAUCGCGCCGUUUGCGGUUAAUUGGACACCGGAAGACGAAUUUGGACUCCCACCCCUGCUGCAUCAGCACCGAUUCUCCAGGACGAGCCUCCUGACCCCCGUCCGUGUUUCCACGGAAACCUUUUCCCCAACCGAUACGCGGACUUCCUCCACUAAAGACUCGUGGACUUUAAAAAAAAAAAAGAAGCAUGUGAGAAAAGAAAAAGCGCGUCGGGCUGUGCGGUUAUUUAUUAGAUAUGUAUAUAUUUUUUCUAUGAAUGCGUUCAAUGGGAAGUCCGUGAUUGGGAAUAAGCCUUUAUUUGUACUGUCGUCGUCUUAUUAGCAGGUAGGUCGGGAUCAUCGAACCAAAGAUUCAUUUCCAGAUGUGAUUUUGUUUGUUUGUUUUUUUUUUUUUUUUAUGAACGGGAUUAUUAGCCACGGUAGCCUGUACGGAAGUCUUAAAACCGACGUUAGCGUGAAAACUGGUUUAUGUUAUACUCACCGGCAGUCCAACAGCGUGGUGAUUAUGUUUUUUAAGAGAUAAAAAAAAAACAAAGCACCACUUUGUUUUGUUAUUGAAGCCCGGCACACGCAACGUGGCUAAACUCCGAUGCUAGCUGUUAGCCUGUUAGCUAAUGUCACCAUCUUUAAAAAAAAAAACGAAAAAACGCUCGCUUUACAAGAGUCAAAUGUGUGUAAUGUGCGUUAACUCCAUUGCUAAAUUUUGCGAAACAUUUGCGGCGUUAGCCUGGUGCUAACCCUCCCGUGUUUAGCCCAUCGCUAACGCAUUCAUCGUCAUUAGCGUGACGCUAACAUUGCCCCUGCAAGCGCAAAAAGUUGCGUUUGUGUUUUAUCUGUUUAAAAAAAAGGCAUGAUGACACCACCUUGUGAUUUUAUUAUUUUUAAUUUCAAACUGUGCGUUAUACUUUGGCCACCAUUUUACAGUGUCACACGAUGAAAGGUUUUUAAAUUGUUCGACUUUUUAAGCUAGUACUAGGUAUACUAGAUGUGUUGCUAGGUAAACUAAGUUAUUCCAUAUUUGCUCACUAUUUGGUGACACCGAAGUACUUCUAAGCCACAGGUGUCAAACUCGAGGCCCGGGGGCCAGAUCCGGCCCGCAAAGCCGAAUCUGAUGUCGAUUUCCAUGAUUGGUUGUAAAAAAUCGGUACCAAAAAUUUGGUAAAUGAUAAAGUCGAGAUAGUUACCAAAUGUGAAUAGUUGAAAAAUACAGUACCCUUGAUUUCCGAUUCCAAAAGUAGUAAAUAAAUUAAAAUAUUAAAUCAUAACGGCCAUCUUAGGGAAACCGGAACAACAAUGUGGCCCGUGAGAAAAAUGAGUUCGAUGCCCCUGUUCUAAGCCUUUAUGAUGAGGCUCGUCACACUUUGGAAAGGAAUAAUUAUUGAUGACUGUAUUCAUUGAAUUAUGUUCACGUCUUGGGUUGUCGGAAUAUGCAUUUGUCUUUCUAUCGUAGUAUUUUUAUGACGUUAUGACAUGUCCUCCCAAAGUCACUGUCGAAAUAACUUCUUUUUUUUUUUCAAGUGUACAGCAUCAUAAAAAGUGUAAAACCGGAACUGACGGUGACCAACAAUUUCCAAACCCUUUUGAAACGCGUCGUCUUGGAAGUGUCGACGGUCCCUUUCGGGCUAUUCAGGGAUGUGCGUCGCGAUCGGGCCCGUUUCCAACCGGCCUUACUUCGCACAGGCGCCGACGUGUUGCUCCUCCCGGCGGCUCACGUUGAUCGCGUGGGCCUUUUUUCGAGGCCGUACGUCGGCCGAAUUAACGCGUGCCUCGGCGUUGUUGUCAUCUCCCGCACGCGGGCGCCGACGCCGUGCCCUUUAUCUCGCCUUUGCUGCGCCCCGCCUGACAUGCCUCUUGGGCGCCGUCCAUGUUCUUUUACUUCGAGAUCUAUUUUCAUACC